UGCAUAUUACCAUCCACGAAUGCAUACCCCAAAAUAAUAACCUUCCAUCUCCUUUCUUUCUAUAGUGAUAAUCCUUCCAUUUCUUCACAUCUUUCCCCAGCUCUUCAGUCUCCAGUAGCAACCAUAGAUGGCUGAGAACCCGAUCCGAUUUGGCAUUGUCGGCUGUGCUGAGAUUGCCAGAAAAGUGGCCAGAGCUAUAAACUCAGCACCCAACUCCGCUGUCACUGCCGUUGCCAGCCGAUCACUUGACAAGGCCUUCAACUUUGCUGCUGUCAAUGGCUUGCCAGAAACCGUCAAGUUGUAUGGCAGCUACAAUCAGAUUCUCGAUGACCCUUGUGUGGAUGCUGUCUACAUGCCACUGCCUACCAGCCUUCACCGGCGGUGGGCAAUUUUGGCUGCUGAGAAGAAGAAGCACAUUCUCUUGGAGAAACCUACAGCGCUUGAUGUUGACGAGCUUGAUCAGAUUCUUGAUGCCUGUGAGUCGAACGGUGUGCAAUUCAUGGAUGGAUCUAUGUGGCUGCAUCACCCUCGAACUACCAAAAUGGAAGAGAUUAUCUCUGAUCCUAAGCUUUUUGGCCAUGUUAACUAUAUUCACAGCGCAUCAACAACAUCAGGAACAAAACAGUUUCUUGAGGAAGAUAUAAGAGUAAAACCGGACCUGGAUGCUUUGGGUGCAUUGGGAGACUUGGCCUGGUACUGCAUUGGAGCACUCUUGUGGGCAAAAAAAUACGAAUUGCCAAUACAAGUCCGUGCACUACCAGAUGUUACCAAGAACACAGCGGGUGUUAUAUUGUCCUGCACAGCCUCCCUUCAUUGGGGCAAAUCAUCAAAAGAAACAACGGCAACAAUUCAUUGUUCUUUCCUAUCUCAUACCAGCAUGGACAUAACCAUAACUGGUACCCAUGGAUCUGUGAACGUUUACGACUUCAUCAUCCCUUACCAAGAGACUUCGGCAUCAUUUGAUAUCACCUUGGGAGCAAAGUUUGCAGAACUCCAUAUUGGAUGGAACACAAAACCAGAGGAAGUUGAGGUGGCCAAUGAGAUACCACAAGAGGCUCUGAUGAUUGCAGAGUUCUCGAGGCUUGUACAGGCAAUAAGAACAACAGGGUGUUGUCCUGAUAGCAAGUGGCCACAGAUAAGCAGGAAGACACAGCUAGUGAUGGAUGCGGUGAAAAAAUCCAUUGAUAUUGAUUGUAGACCAGUGUAUUUGUAAUUUUCUUUUCGACAAAGAACAAGCUUUUCGUAUAAACAGCAUGCCAUACCUGAGGCUGAUUGUAGACCAAUUUAGCCUCUACAUAAACUAAGGUAAUAAAGACAGGUUUUUGGGUGGAAUGAACUUCCUGUGAUAAUGUGUCUGCAUCUUGUAUGCUGAUCCUUAAGUUUGACUGAAUUUAGAACUUUAAGUUCUGGUAAUUGUAGAGGCUAAAUUGCUUUA